GCAAAACAAUAUCAUUCCCAAUUGCUUGCACAUUUGCUUUAUUUUGCAGAUGCCAAAAGCCCUCAACAAGCCCUAGAAAGUACAGAAAACGCUCUCCACCGAUCCUCAUCAGUCAUCAUCAUCUUCCCCAAAUCUCCAUCCAAUCGCCGCCAUCCAUACUCCCGCACCCGCGAUUCCGACCUCCCUCCGCCCCCUUCCUCCGGGCCCAUCCCGCCGGCUGCGAGUCUCUCAUGCUCAGAGAAGAUGGAUGGGAUGCAUGGGAGUGAACCUGGCAUGAUGCAUUACUUGGAAGAUCAGCAUCAUCAUGGGCUGCAUCAUAUGAAUGAUGGAGAUGAUAUCGAUCAAGAUGAUAAUGGGGACCACAAUAACAUGGGCAACACUGAUGGGGUAAAUGAAGUUAUGGAUGGGGAUGUGAAUAGCAUGGCGAACCAAUCCAACAACCAUGAUGGGCUGAUCCCGGUUGGUGGCAGUGAGAACAAUAAUCAGCUCACCCUUUCCUUUCAGGGUCAAGUUUACGUGUUCGACUCGGUGUCUCCAGAGAAGGUUCAAGCAGUACUUCUGCUGUUGGGGGGGCGUGAAGUGCCUCCUAACAUCCCAGCUGCUCCUAUAUCUGCUGUCAGUAACAGAGAAGCUUCAAGUACCCCACCGAAGCUCAAUGUUCCUCAGCGAAUAGCCUCGCUUAUAAGAUUUCGCGAGAAGCGAAAAGAAAGGAAUUUCGAUAAGAAAAUACGUUAUACUGUUCGUAAGGAAGUUGCUCUGAGGAUGCAAAGGAACAAAGGCCAAUUUACAUCCUCAAAACCGAGUAAUGAUGAUUCUACGUCAAACUGGGACUCGAAUCCUAACUGGGGUAAUGACGGAUCACAAGUUCAGGAUAUCUCCUGCCGACAUUGUGGGGCCAACGCCAAGAAUACUCCAAUGAUGAGGCGUGGUCCAGAAGGACCGAGGACUCUCUGUAAUGCAUGUGGACUUAUGUGGGCAAAUAAGGGAACUUUGAGGGACCUCUCGAAGACAGCAUCCCUUUUGACUAGUCCUCCCGUGCGUAACAGAAAUGAAGAGAAUGGAAAUUUCGAGGCAGAAGAAAUGGUCCUUAGCGCCGCUGGCAAUGGGAACGACUCAUCAUGAUUGUCCAUUUCAUGUAACUUAUUUUCAUCAUGAGAAAUGAGAACUAUGUAAGAUAGCCGAGGCCUUUUUUCACUAUUCGUUUGUGAUGGUAAAAGUGGCUUUCAGAUGCGAAAAGUUUUAAUGGAGGGGCUGUGUUAUAUUAGCCGUUAAUCCAGUGCUCUCGGUUAACUGUUGUUGUAACAUAAUCAGUUUGGUUUGCCUUAUUUUGUUUUUGCCCUCAAAAUGAAUUAUGGGACAAUUUUUCCUUGCUCAAUGACUGAUUAUGAAACCCAUCUGUGAGAUGUAGUAGUCUUACUACUUUACCAAUGGUUCAAUAGCUACACAUUAUUAUUAUGUAACUAAAUUUUUGUAACUUUUGAGAUUUAAUGAUAUUUAUUGACAUUAUGAUAUGAGAAAUGAAGUAAGAACUGUG